UUCGCUCAGGAAGCAGCGUCUUUACUGGCGCUGUGUUAUGACAGACAGCUUCAGCCAAGCUUCAGAUUAACUUUCACAUGCUGCCCAGAAGGAUCAACACAAUACAGGAGACAAGCAUGCUGCUCUGUGCCAUCCUGUUCCUGUAUUGCCAGCAGAUUUUACAUGUAGGUGCUACCAAUGAGACGUAUGUUGCAGAGGUGAUGAUUGAGGGGAACGCAACCCUGGAUGUAUCUAGUUAUCUGUCUGGACUACAGUGGCUCUCAACAGGCGAUGCAACCAUCAUGGAAGCUUCAAUAAUAGCUGAAUGUGAAAUCAUUGGUGAUGAAACGACAUGCUGGUGUGAGAGUAACUACAUUUGGAGUGAUGUGGUGUGUGAUUAUGUAAACAGCUGCUGCAUCUUCCCCCACCCUUCAAAGUGUGUAGCCAACAUAUCUGAUUACACACCACUCUGUGUACCCAAAGUGAAUGUUACCCUCAAUGGAUUCAUUGACAUUCCAACAGAACCAGUGGAUUUGCGGACUGUACUGACUACUCAAUUCAGCCAAAUGAAUGGAUUCAACAAUAUUGGUGUAACAUCAAGAUCCGGUGGUGCGGAUUUUACAGUGAAUCUCAGUGCCACAUUUAAGACUUCUAAAGUUCAAGGCAUACUUUCAGCACUGAGGAGCAAAUUUUCAGAUAUUUCAAAUAUUAAUGUUACAUCAAUAGGACUGGCCAAUAUUGAAAUUCCUCAAAAGAAAGUGUGUUAUAAUUCAAAGCUUGAAAUAACCUGCAGCACUGAGGAAAAGAUGGACACUUGCAUGUGGCAGAUUUCUCGGGCUGACCAAAGCCCACAAGUAGUUGGAACUGGGACAGAAGUCGAUAUGCUGUUUCCGCCAUCUUGUGGAAGCUUUACAGCCAUCGGCCUUAAGAACAUUACAUGGUUUUGGGCAGGAAUAUACACUUGCCUGUUCAUCAAUGGGUCAGUGUUUCACACAGCCUCAGCUGAACUACAGGUUGCACUCUUACCAGAAGCCAUUAAUUUGACAAGCCUGCCUCCAAAUCCAGAUUGUUCUCCAAAACAAGAUAUUCAAGUCACUGUGAUGUGUGCCUUUAGUAGGAGCGAAGAGCAAUACAUAGUUACAAUAAACGACACAGUCGUUAUGUCAGGUAACAGCAGUAUAAUGAACUAUUCCAAAGUUUUCACCAUCAAGUGUAUGCAAGAAAGCCCAGCUUUCUUCAUCGCUGUUUGUAACGUCACAAACAGUCUGGGCCAGAGCAGAACCACAGGUCUGAAGGUGCCGGUAAUACAACCCGGUGAUCCGAUCUGUGACCAAGUGGACCCAUGGCCAAAAACAAAGAGUGGGGUGAAAGCAGUAAUACUCUGUACUGAGCCCGGGAGAGUGGGCACAAAGGAACGAACAUGCAAUGGUAACAAGUGGGGUGACCCAAUCGAUCUCUGUGUGAAAGAAGCACUGAAUCAGUUGUCAGCUGCAGCAGGGGAUUUUGAAAAAGGAGUUGGAGCUACACCGGAAGUUGCUAAUGCUAUUUUUGAUAAUCUGAAGAAUACCACUUCAUGUGAAAACUCAUACGGUGAUAUUUCAGCCACAGUAAGCGUUUUCAAAACGAUGAGUCGUGCAUCCUCCAAAAUCGACCUUGGUGAGGAUCUAUUGCCGAAUUUCAUUGACGCAGCAAGCAAUAUACUAAACACAACCUGGGUAUCGGAUGAGCAGAGUACUACCAACCUGGCUACGAGCUAUCUGUCAUCUGUGGAAGACCUGGUAAAAAAUAUUAAACUCAACAACAGCGAGGGACAUAAUUCUUCAAACAUCCAACUUCAGGUCUGCCGAAACACUCCUUCCUGCAAUAGGACUGUUUUCAACAUUGUGGUGGAGCUGAACUCAACUUCUGGUGAAGGGAAAAUGUUGGGAUUACAGAAUAUUUCGCAGUAUCUCCCAAGAAACGGUUUUAAGGACUCGGAAAGUUUGAGCUUAGUUGUUUCUGCCACAGUCAACACCACAGUCAACACCACAGGCCCUGUAAACAUCAGACUGGAUUUUCCGUUGUCUGACGAAGACAAGUCAAAUUAUAAUUACCUCUGUGUGUUUUGGAACCUGACAGAAAAGCAGUGGUCUCAGGCUGGCUGUAACUACACCCAAACCGGUAACAUCAGCUACUGUGAGUGCGAUCAUUUGACCUCUUUCUCCAUGCUGUUGUCAAAAACUCCAGUUGACCUGCCCCUUAUGGACCAGAUCACGUACAUCGGGCUGGGAAUCUCCAUCUGCUCUCUGAUUGUCUUCCUCCUCAUUGAGGGCUUGGUGUGGAACGCAGUAGUGAAAACCAACCUCUCUCACUUCCGCCACACCGCCAUGGUCAACAUUGCCCUGUGUCUUCUGUUAGCGGACUGCAGUUUUGUUGCUGGUAGCUUCCAGAAUAUCCUCACUGACACGUGGUGCCUCCUGUUGGUGGUGGCAAAGCAUUUCUUUUUCCUAGCCAUGUUUUUCUGGAUGCUCUGUUUGAGCAUUAUGCUUCUCCAUCAGCUCAUUUUUGUCUUCCAUCCACUGAGGAAAAAGGUCUACAUGAUUCUCUCGAUGACUAUUGGCUACAUUUGUCCAACAGUGACUGUGGGAGUCACGUACACGUACUACGUCAAGAACACUGAGGUUCAAUACUACAACCGAACCACAUGCUGGCUGACGUAUGAGUCGCCACUGAAAGGGUCCAUUCAUGCUUUUCUCUUUCCUCUUGGCACCAUUGUGUUCAUAAAUAUGUUCUCAAUGGUGGUGGUCAUUGUGACUCUUCUCAAACCCGCUGCAGCCGAGAGCAACCAAAAGGACGAUAAAGAGGCGGCUAAAAGUAUUAUCAAAGUCAUCAUCUUCCUGACUCCAGUUUUCGGUGUGACUUGGAUCUUAGGGCUCUUCGUGUUUCUGAUGGAUGACAACACAUCCACCAAGGUCUUGAUCCACUACGCCUUCACCAUUGUUAAUUCCUUACAGGGCUUCUUCAUUUUACUGACGGGAUGUUUUGGUGAAAAGAGGGUUCGAGAUGAAAUCUUGAAGCUUGUGAUAUCUGGAAAGUCUGCCAAAAGUGAAAGCAAGAGGAACCUGACAACUUCAAUGGCAAAAAACUGAAGCAUCUAUAAAGGGGUUUAAAUCCAGGAAAAGGAAGGAUGAGGAGUUAUAUCAUGACAGCAAAAUGGGGAACAGACACAGUUGGCUGCUAUGUGCUUACAGCUUGAUAAAGAAGAUGAAGCCCCCCACUCCCCCUUCACCAUGAUGAACAAACAGAGAGGAUAAAGAAAAAAGGUGUAAUGUUAUAAGUAAUAAGUAUAUAAUGUCCUAAAAGUAUAAAAACUAGUCAAGCAAUGUAUCUCAUUCUCAUGUUGCAACUAUCAAAAUUCACGAGCAUUAAUGCAGCACUGAGCAAUACUUUGCAUUAGCUGAUGAGGAGGCCAAAUAUUUGAUGGAAUGCUCUUAAUGCCUUGAGUUUCAUUUAGAUUAGGUUUCUUUAAAAAUACACAAUAUUAGGAUGUAAAUAUCUUUCAUAGAGCAUCACCAUGGAAUUAUGUCAUGGUAUCUAGGGUUAGAUGUUGCUUUGUUUUUUUCAUAUUUUGUGCUGUUCUGACUGCAGGAAAUCCAUUGUUAAUAUAGUGUACAAAGUUCUUAUUUUUUCUAAAUGCAAAGUUAGCAUUUACA